CUUCAACAGCUGUGAUUUAAUAUGGACAGUUUGCAGCUGGUUCUGGUGAUCAUUUUUACAUUUGUUUGCGGUGUAAUAUGUACCUUGGCGUUGCAGUUUUAUCUGUUCAAGAGGUAUUUAGAAUCAGGACCUCAGGCUGUUCCGCCACAAAGGCAGCUGCAGCAUGGCAAGACGCAAUUACCUAAAGAGCUGGUGGAACAAAUGCAGGAGGAACGGGCAAAUUCCAAUAAUAGUAUGGCCCGACAAGCGAUGUCUCAGGGCAAUGAGAAUCUGGCUAUAAACCUUACGUUGCAAUUUCUCUUCAACGAGCUCCGAAAUGCCGAGCGAGUACGUCUGUGGCUUUACAGGAAAUUAAAUAACGAAUUUAAGGAGCUUCUGACGCAGUCGACCACCGCCAAACUGUUAGACAGUGUAAAAUUGAGAGACUUAAACCUUGGCACGCAAUUUCCAACGAUAAAGGGUUUGGAAGUCGCUGAUUCAAAAAUCGACGCCGACACAGGUUUGCUGGAGUCUCUGGACUUGGCCUUAGAUUUACAUUACUCAGGAAACUUUCAAUUGUCUAUAGAUGUUAAGAUGCUGCUCGGUAAAACAGCCUAUAUGGCGUUGCAAGUAAAGCGUAUCAGUGGUAAAGCUAGGCUGCAGUUUACUCGUGUACCGUACACACACUGGUCAUUGAGCUUUUAUUCUGAUCCGAUCUUGGAGCUGGAAGUACAAUCACAAUUUCAAGGUCGUCAGUUACAGCCACAGAUAAUUUCAAUCAUUACCAGUCAGAUUAGGAGGGCAGUGAAGCGGAAGCAUACUCUACCUCGUUAUAAGAUGCGUUAUAAACCGUUUUUCCGAAGAUUGAACGACGAGGCCGUGGAUCUCUCAGAAGUCGCUAGUACUCAACUUACUCCAGGAUAUUUGGAGGUCGUACUAUUGGAGAUCAGCAGAUUAAAUCUUGCACCUAUCGUUCUCAAUAACGCCGAAGACGUAUCACAGAUAGAAGUCUAUUGCACUAUGAGCAUAGAUUCCACACCAUGGAUUUACUUAACACAGUAUAACGGGGUUCCAUAUAUGGUGUUAGACUUAAUCAUCAGUAAAACGGGUUCCCAGCAGUUGGGUGUAGUAUUCAAACAGGAGAUUGUGCCAGAGAUCGGCCAAAUGUGCGUACUAGUUGAGACUAUAGUAUCCGGCAGUCCGGCAGCAAUCGCCGAAAUGAGAAAGGGUGACAUUUUGGUAGCGGUGGACAGCAAAAAGGUGUCAAACAUGAACCAAGUAGCGAAAUUCGUCAAGUCCGCUGUACAACGACGUUUUAUUAUCAGGGUGGAAAGACGGUAUUCGAAGGCAGAUUCAAACGAGAGAGGACAAAAAACAGAUAACGAGAGAAUGCUUUUCGCAGAAAGAAAGACUUCGAAGAGUGAUUCAGUGAGUAAGCUAGACAGCCCGAGCAUGGAAGACGCCGGAAAGAUAAAGUUCGAGACACAGAUUAAGUUCUCUGAUCUACGAGAUUCUGACACUGAUCUCACAGACACCCGAUCGGAAACCAAUAAGCUAUUCAAGAGAAGAAAGAGCAGCAUUCAGACAGAAGAAAUCGCCCAUACGCCGGAUACUACGCCGUCUCGACGAAUCUCGAUGAUUUCCACGUCAUCGGCGUCAUCCAGUAAUGUUCAAUUUUAUCUUCCGGACGACAACAGUAGCACAAACAAUAUUGCUGAUCUAUAUCACAACACGAAAGAAAAACCAUAUGCCUCUCUAAUUACCUUCGAAGAGACCAAGAGCUUCCGGGUCGAUUCUGAAUUGCAAUACUUAAAUGUAGGUGUAUGGGGCCGUGUGAAGAGCGGCGAAACACCACCGAGAUUGCUUGGCUAUAUAAAUGCACCUGUAAAAUUAAUCCUAUCGCAGUGUUGCACCUCCACAACUGGACAUUACCUAAAAUGCCAUGCUUUGUUACCUCCAGACAGUGCUUCUUUAGCAACAUCAUACGUAAGACUGCAGGGUUAUUCAGGAUUCGAUCCAACACUCUGUUAUGGCGACAUCCUGCUAUCAUACGUAUGGGAAUCUUGUCGACCAAGCGAUCUCACAGUUAAUGAUUUUGGAAAGAAGGAGAACGCAGAAACUGCCAAAAUUCAACCGAUUGCAAGCGAGGAAGUUACUGACAGAAAGAUGCACGAUUUUAUCAGGACGCAUUUCCACAGAGCAACACAUUGCGAUUUUUGUACGAAAAAAAUUUGGCUAAAGGAUGCAGUACAGUGUCGAGACUGCGGCAUGGUAUGUCACAAAAAGUGCGAAGCACGUUGUCAGGCGUCCGGCACCUGCGGUGCAGAAAGUCUAGCAACGUUGGCCCUGGAAGCAGACGAGAUCAUCGGCGAACCAAACGUUGGGGAUAUCUCUAGCCCGGAGAUCUCUCUGACUGAAUGCGAAGAUAACGUACAGGGCGCAAGUAUGAUGGCCAUGAAGGCUAGUAUAGCUAACACUCUAUUGGGCCUGAAGAAGGCUGGAAGUACCAGUUGCUUGGCCCCACCGGCUUCCGGUAUUGGUCUGGCAUCUCGAAGUCUCCCCCCAAGUCCCUGUGCAUCCCGCAAGAAUUCAUUGGCUGGAGGUCUGGGUAUAAAUCCUGACCUCUUGGAGGGUGCUGAGCCAAGUGUUGCAGCUCCACUUAUGGCUGGUGAUCUAGACGACGGUCUUAUGUCAAGAGCCAGGGAUACCGGAAAGUUCUUGUAUAAAUACUUGGAGCCGCAGGAGCGUGUCGAAAAAAUCAACACCAUGAUGGGAAAAUUGAAGAACGCUUUAGAUGCUGAAACUACCUCAAGAUUAGAGCUGUCCCAGAACGGAGACGCGGACAGCAUGAAACUGAUCGCGCAGAGCGACUUGCGAGUGCAAGCACUAAGCGUGCUGCUACUACAUUACUGCGCCGGCUUGCAACACGCGCAGGAGGCGGUGGACCGACCACAAACCAACAAGGAAUUUUAACAGGAACUUAUUCAAUUAAUAUGACAGCUUUAAGAAAAAAAAGCGCAUUUUCUCCUAUUCCCCUUCUCUAUAAAACAAAUGAAAAUG